UAAAAAAAAAAAACAAGAAAUAUCUGAGAAAGUGAAUCCCCUUCUCCGAUUAUUUUGUUUUUGUUAAUUCUAUAGGAAGAUAAAUAUAUUAAGAAAAUGAAUAGAAUAUUUGGAAGAGGAAAACCUAAAGAACCCGGUCCUAGUAUAGCAGACUGUAUCAGUAAUGUGGAUAGUCGAGCUGAUAAUAUUGAGCAGAAGGUUCAAAAAUUGGAAACCGAGUUAAGGAAAUACAAAGAUCAAAUGGCGAAGAUGCGAGAAGGCCCUGCGAAAAAUAACGUAAAGCAGAAGGCUAUGAGAGUUUUGAAACAGAAAAAAAUGUAUGAACAGCAACUGGAGAACCUCAGGAACCAGUCAUUUAACAUGGAACAAGCGAAUUAUGCCACACAAACUCUAAAGGACACACACACUACCAUAGCGGCUAUGAAAGAUGGUGUCAACCAGAUGAAGAAGGAAUUCAAAAAGAUAAAUAUUGACACUAUUGAGGAUGUGAACGAUGAGUUGGCAGACAUGUUGGAGCAAGCUGAUGAAGUGCAAGAUGCAUUAGGACGUCAGUACGGAGUGCCAGAGAUUGAUGACGAUGAAUUAGCCGCAGAGCUGGACGCACUUGGUGAUGAAAUCGCAUUGGAUGAUGAUUCGUCCUAUUUGGAUGAUGUAGUCAAAGCUCCCGCAGCUCCGGACAGGGAGCCAGGAGCAGACAGCAUCCGCAACAAAGACGGAGUGCCUGUUGAUGAGUUUGGUCUGCCUCAAGUACCAAGUGCAGCGCAAACGUCACGCUGAUAGUUUGUUAAGUAAGUUUUACCUUUAUCUUGAUACAGGCGUUUAUAAUUAUGUAUAGGGCUGUCAACAUUGAAACAUAGGAAUUUUGAUAGAUGAGCCCACGUUACGCGCGAUAGCCCUUGUUAAUCAAAGAGAUUCAAAAAAUAUAUAGAGAAGACAGUUGACAUUUCACUAGAGACAUUUUUCACAUAUUGUCUAUUGAUACAUCCUUAAAGCCACAUGUCAAUAUAAUUAAUUGUAUUUUAA